CUGAGCGUUGCCAAGGCGGCGCGGCGCGGUGUAAACAAACCCGCUUGGUCACCUGGCAGGGGAGAAGCAGCGGUGGUACCUUUUCAGCGUUAAACAGCAAGAAGGGAGAGAGUAAUGCCACCAUGAGUGAUGUGGAGUUCAGUGGCACAGACUCAGACCCUGUGUCUGAUGUCAAUCCAGAGGAGAUGGAGCGGCUCAUGGCUGACAUAGAUGAUAUAGAUAACAACUUGUUCAAGAGUAACCUGAAGUCUACUAGCAAGGCAGGCAGCAGUAGUAGCAAAGCAGCCAGUCCAGAGAAGAAAGGAGGCAAGCGACAAGUAACCUUCCGUGAUAAACCACCACCAGGAAAAGGAGACAACAAUGAUGAUGAUGACUGGGAUGCUGAUGACCUGCUGUACUCAGAUGAUGAUGCUGCCAAGUCUCCAGGAAAGCCACAGAAGAAAUCACAGUCACCAGGAAAACCAUCACCACCAGCAAAGAAGGAUGUGGACAUAAGUAAGAGCAAAGAUGAUUCUGCAGACACCAGCCAGAAGCCCAAGGAUAAGAAAAAGCUGAUGGAUGAACUCUUUGGUGAUGACUCCCCAGGGAAAGCCACAUCAGCUGAAGCCUCAGAGUCUCCAGGUGUGGCAGCUCCAAGAAGAGACAAGAAAAAGCUCAUGUCAGAACUGUUUGGCGAUGAUGGUGAUGCCAGUAAGCCUAGCGUGUCACCAGGAAAGGCCACCCAGAGACCUGUUAGUGGAAGAACAGAAACCAGUAGAAGAAAGAAAAGCACUGAUGACUCCAUGUUUGAUGAUGACGGUGGAGACUUGCUUGGAGAUAUUGGAGACAUGCAGAAAAGACCCUCAACCUCACCAAAGGGAGGAGGAAGCUUCCUGGAUAGCCUCCUAUCUAAAAGUCCCUUGGAUAAACCCAGAGGAAAGAAGCCGUCAGAUUUUGUAUUAGAUGACAAGUACAAAAACAUAAAUAAACAAGAAGCACCAAGCAGUGGAGGAUUUCAGGGGUACACACCAUCAGCCAGCAAGUCCAGCAGCCCCAGAAGGAGAACACCAAGUAAGUCACCUGCCAAGGACAGCAUGGACUUUGACUUUCUGAGUGAUGCAGAACCCAGGAAGAGAGGCUCCAGGUCAGCUCCCCAGAGAAAACCCUUCGAGGUGGAUGAUGAUGACAUCCUGGGUAAUGUGAGGUCACACAGGAGAGGAAACAAGGAGAUCAGUGGUGACCCAAGCCCAAACAAGAGGGUGUCAUCAGCACCAGGGGCUCAGAAGGAAUCCUCAAGGCCAGGGAGGAAGGAUGAUUGGCUGUUUGGGGAUUCUGGGGAAGCAUCUGAGGCUGUGAAGAAAAAUAUUGAAGAGAGUACAGUCACUGCCUCAGUGGAGAAGCCAGUUGCUGCUUCCCAGAAGUCCCCAGGUCAAGAUCAAGACUGGCUGGGAAGUCUCCUCUCCAGCAAUAAAAAGUCUCCUGUUGCAGCUGAACAGCAACAGGUCCAGAGCAGCCCAGCAGACCCAGGAACUGCCAGCCAAGCCUCACAGCUACCUGCCACAAACCCCACACCUCCCACUCCUGCUACAGCAAGUGGUCUUCCCCAGGGAGCAGGUGUGGCCUUCUCCAGCCGUGCAGCCCCACUCACACCUGCAGCAGCUGCCACCUAUACACCUGCACCAUUGCAUGCACCAGUUGAAGGCAUGCAAAACAGUCCACAAGUUAUGCUAUUGAUGCAGCAGCAGCAGGAAGCUCAGGCUGCUGUCCUUGCUGCCCAGGUCAAGUCACAGCAGGAGCAGCUCAGUUCACAGAUGGCUCAGCAGCUGCAGCAGCAGCAGCAGAUGAUGGCUGAACUCUUGAGGACACAACAAGAGGCUGCUAAUAAAAGGUACCAGGAGGCAGUUUCUACCAUGGGUCAGUUUGCCAUGGUUCCUCCUGCUGCUCCACAAGGGGACACUGCCACAGCCACUGAGCAACAGAAAAAUAUUGAGGUGAACUUAAAAGAAGCAGAAACUGAGGCAGCCAAGGCCAAGGCUGAACUUGACCUGCUUCGCAAACAACACGCACAGGAAGUGGCUCUCCUGGAGGAAAGUCACAGGAGACAGCUGGAGGUGGAGCGCGGGGUGUGGGGACGAGUGGAGGCCAGGCUCAGGGAGGAACGGGACUCACUCCUUUCAGACUUUCAGAGUAAAUUGUCAUUGCUGCAGGAGGAGAAGAAGAGCCUGUCCACAUCCUACCAAGGGCAGCUGGUGGCGGUGAAGGAGGAGUGGUCACAAGCUGUGGAGCGCACCAGGGAGCUGUACACUGGCAUGCUGGACCGGGUGCGGGAGGAGCACUCGGCCACCCUGGAGAGAGUGUCACACCUCAAGGACCUGGAGCUGAAAGCGGCAGUGGCUGCCUCAGGACAUGCCAAGGAAGUGGAAGUGGUGAUGACGCAGCUGGAGACCAACACUUCUGAACUCACAGAACUCACAGCGUCCAUCAACACUCGCCAUGACUCUGCCCUGGAGCUGACGCAGAGGGCACUGAAGAUGAAGGAGAAGCAGCUGCAGGACUUUGAGGGGCAGCUGGCGGCAUCACGCGCUGAGGCCGAGAAUGAGCGUGGCCGCCUCAACACCCUCAUCCACAGGCUGGAAAACACCCUCCUGCAGCAAGGCUCUGAGGUUGAGAAGGAGCGGUGGCGGCUGGCCCAAGAGAGGAUGAAGGUGGAGAUAGAGCGGCAGGCCAUGAUGGAGGAGAGGAAGCACCUGCAGCUGAGCACUGAAACAGAGAGGAUGAACCUGGCCAAGGCACGUGAGAACCUCCUCUCGGAGCACCGCACUCUGCUGCAGUCUGUGGCUCAGCAAAAGCAGGAGCUGACAAAUGCACAGGCUGACCUCAGCAGACACCAGACACUGCCUUACCUGAGUGCUGCUGGGACUUCCUUCAGUAAAAUGACCAUGUUAGGCCGAGAUGCUGAGGCUUCUCUGGCAAGCGAAGAGCAGCGACGCCUCCGAGAGAAGAUGACAGCAGUGACUUUGCAGCAGCAGCGCCUAAAGGAGGAGGAAGCCAGGCUGAACGAAUUGAAUCUCCAGCUGGAAGAGGAAAGGAUGAAGGUGAAUCUAGAGAGGGAAGGGAAUGCUAAGGAGUCAGCAAUGCUGGAAAAGACUCGGCGAGACAGUGAAGCAGCCAGGGAGGAAAUAAAAACACUGAGGUUCGAGCAGCAGGAGAGGCUCAGCCAGAUUGCUGCUCAGACACGCGUAUUGCACACCCAGCAGGAUAAGAUCGACAAGGAACACUUGAGGCUUCAGCAGCUGCGGGAGGAGGUGGUGCAUCUGGCCCAGGCUGGGGUGUGUGCAGUGUGUCAGAGGCGUGGUGGGGCACAACUGCUUCUGGAGCCUCCUGCUGGGGGACGUCGCCUGCCUGGGGACGGUGGUGAGGGACAUGCCCCCUCUGUCUCACGCCUUGGGGAACUGACCAACAGUGUGGACAGGUCACCUGCCUCAGUGUUGGCUCGGCUGGCUGCUGCCCGGGGAACAGGAGAACAAGGAGAGGGAGAAAAGGGCUCUUGAAGAUAUCUGCUCUUGAGUCAUCCUGAUGUUUGGUUGUCUUAUGCUAUUACUCUAUCACUGAAAGCGAAGUACUCCACUAAGUGUGAUGCUGGAGGCUCACCCAAGCACCUGUAAUGGUAGGUGUGUGUUCUGGCACCAAGAGAGGCAGUGUGUGAGCGUUGAGGUGUUGCAGGUGCAUUUUGUGCUCUGGCCAGUGUGCUUCCUGGGUGGCGA